UGGGGGGGGGUCUCUGCUUCCCGCCGCGCCUCUCGUCGUCCCGGGCGCUCAGGCGCGGAAUGGCCGCCGCCGCCGUCGUUUAGUGCAGAGCCCCGCGUCGCCGCCGCUGCCGCCAUGGGCCGGGAGUCCAGGCAUUACCGGAAGCGCUCUGCGUCGCGCGGCCGCUCGGGCAGCCGUUCCAGGAGUCGUUCUCCCUCUGACAAAAGAGGAAAACGUGAAGACAGAAGGUCCAGAAGCAGAGAUCGAGACCGUCGCCGUGAGAGGUCACGCAGCAGGGACAAGAGAAGGUCUCGAUCGCGUGACAGAAAGCGUCAGAGGCGUUCAAGAAGCAGAGAAAGGGAACGGAGCCGGGAGAGAAGAAGAUCCCGGAGCCGAGAGAGGAGGCGCUCCAGAAGCAGAAGUCGGGGCAGACGGUCUCGAUCCUCCAGCCCGAGCAAGAACAGGAAAACAGAAAACAGGUCAAGAUCUAAAGAAAAGACAGAAGGCGUGGAAGUUUCCAAAGAAAAGAAAAAAGACAAAGAUGACAAAGAAGAGGAGAAGGAUAAAGAUGCUACCACAAAUACUGUAGCCACUGAGAAUUUUGAUCAGAACAAACUAGAAGAAGAAAUGAGAAAACGAAAAGAAAGAGUGGAGAAAUGGAGGGAAGAACAACGCAAGAAGGCCAUGGAAAACAUUGGAGAACUGAAAAAAGAGAUUGAAGAGAUGAAACAGGGGAAAAAAUGGAGUUUAGAAGAUGAUGAUGAUGAUGAAGAGGAAACUGCAGAAGGAGAAAAAGAAGGCAAUGAGGUUGAAGAUGAAGAGUUAGAUCCUUUGGAUGCUUAUAUGGAAGAAGUAAAAGAAGAGGUCAAGAAAUUCAAUAUGAGAAGCGUGAAAGGUGGAGGUGGGAGUGAAAAGAAAUCUGGACCAACUGUAACCAAAGUAGUAACCGUGGUGACAACCAAAAAGGCAGCUGCAGAGUCAGAGAAGAAGAAAGGGGAGCUCAUGGAGAAUGACCAAGAUGCGAUGGAGUAUUCCUCAGAAGAGGAGGAGGUUGAUCUCCAGACUGCCCUGACUGGCUAUCAGACCAAGCAGAGAAAGCUGCUGGAACCAGUGGAUCAUGGAAAGAUAGAAUAUGAACCUUUCAGGAAAAACUUCUAUGUUGAAGUACCAGAAUUAGCUAAAAUGACUCAAGAAGAGGUGAAUGUGUACAGGCUGGAGUUGGAGGGAAUUACAGUCAAGGGAAAAGGCUGCCCCAAACCAAUAAAAACCUGGGUACAGUGUGGUAUUUCCAUGAAGAUUCUCACUGCCCUCAAAAAACAUGGCUAUGAAAAGCCCACUCCCAUUCAGACCCAGGCCAUCCCAGCGAUUAUGAAUGGCCGUGACUUGAUCGGCAUCGCUAAAACAGGAAGUGGAAAAACUAUUGCAUUUCUGUUGCCCAUGUUCAGACACAUCAUGGAUCAGAGAGCCUUAGAAGAAGGAGAAGGUCCCAUAGCUGUCAUUAUGACCCCUACCCGCGAGUUGGCUUUGCAGAUUACUAAGGAGUGUAAGAAAUUCUCAAAGACACUUGGGCUUCGAGUUGUCUGUGUCUAUGGAGGAACAGGCAUCAGUGAACAGAUAGCUGAACUCAAAAGAGGUGCUGAAAUUAUUGUUUGCACACCUGGGCGUAUGAUUGACAUGUUAGCAGCUAACAAUGGCCGGGUGACAAAUCUGCGCAGAGUCACGUACGUUGUCCUGGACGAAGCAGACAGGAUGUUCGACAUGGGCUUUGAGCCUCAGGUUAUGCGCAUUGUAGACAACGUCAGGCCUGAUCGUCAGACUGUCAUGUUCUCUGCUACUUUCCCCAGAGCUAUGGAGGCACUAGCUCGGAGAAUCCUCAGUAAACCUAUAGAGGUGCAGGUGGGAGGCAGAAGCGUUGUCUGUUCCGAUGUGGAGCAACACGUUAUUGUCAUAGAAGAGGAGAACAAGUUUUUGAAGUUACUGGAGCUACUGGGACACUAUCAGGAGAAGGGAUCAGUUAUCAUAUUUGUAGAUAAACAAGAACACGCUGAUGGGUUGUUGAAAGAUUUAAUGAGAGCCUCUUACCCUUGCUUGUCUCUUCAUGGAGGUAUCGAUCAGUACGACAGGGACAGCAUAAUUAAUGAUUUCAAGAAUGGAAUCUGCAAACUCCUGGUGGCCACAUCUGUAGCAGCGAGGGGCUUGGAUGUAAAACAGUUGAUGCUGGUGGUCAAUUACAGCUGCCCCAACCAUUAUGAAGAUUACGUGCACCGAGCAGGACGAACUGGACGAGCUGGCAAUAAAGGGUAUGCGUAUACGUUCAUUACUGAGGACCAGGCACGGUACGCUGGUGAUAUCAUUAAGGCUUUGGAAUUGUCUGGGAAUCCAAUUCCUCCUGAUUUGGAGAAGCUCUGGGCUGACUUCAAAGACCAGCAGAAGGCAGAGGGAAAGCUGAUUAAAAAAAGCAGUGGAUUCUCUGGCAAAGGUUUUAAAUUUGAUGAAACAGAACAGGCUUUGGCUAAUGAACGAAAGAAGCUACAAAAAGCAGCUCUUGGCUUGCAAGAUUCAGAUGACGAAGAUACAGCUGUUGACAUCGAUGAACAAAUUGAAAGCAUGUUCAAUUCAAAGAAGAGAGUAAAAGACAUGGCAGCACCAGGAACAUCAAACGCUCCGACGCCGUCAGCUGGGAACGCAGAAAAAUUGGAAAUUGCAAAAAGAUUGGCUUUGAGAAUCAAUGCCCAGAAGAAUCUUGGAGCAGAGGCACAAGUAUUGGUCCCAUUCCACUUUAAGGAUGUGAUGCAGCAGGCGACAAAUGCUAUCCUGAGAGGAGGCACCAUCCAAGCUCCUACUGUAUCUGCCAAGACCAUUGCAGAGCAACUGGCUGAAAAAAUCAAUGCUAAGCUCAAUUAUGUACCCAUAGAGAAGCAGGAGGAAGAGAAACAGGAUGGAGGACAAAAUGAAUCCUUUAAGAGAUACGAAGAAGAAUUGGAGAUCAAUGACUUCCCACAGACUGCCAGGUGGAAAGUUACCUCCAAAGAAGCGCUGCAGAGAAUCAGUGAAUAUUCUGAAGCUGCAAUUACAAUCAGAGGAACUUACUUCCCUCCAGGCAAAGAACCCAAGGAAGGAGAACGCAAGAUUUAUUUGGCUAUAGAAAGUGCCAACGAGCUGGCUGUACAGAAAGCAAAGGCAGAAAUCACACGACUUAUAAAAGAGGAGCUCAUCAGAUUGCAAAAUUCAUACCAACCAACCAACAAAGGAAGAUACAAAGUUCUAUGAGUAUUUGGAGUUAUCUGUCUGCCAGUGGCUGGUGCGUGAAACUUUGUGGCUUCUGUUGUUUUUGCUGUUUACACUGCUUAUUGUAAAUUAAGAAUUUUUUUAUUUUGUCUUGCGGACAUUUUUUAACAGACAAUUGAUACUUGCUGAAACAUCUUAUUUCUCUCCACUACAGUUAUCAGUCUUAAAGCAGACCAGUUUUGGCAGAGCAUGAUUUAAUUUAAAAGUGCAGUUUAUAUACUUUUCAUCAUAAAAAAUAUAAAAUAAAACAGAUUUUAAUUUUCCUGACAGACUAUACUGUUAAGUAAAUUGAACAACGUUGGGAUUUGUGUUGGGAAUGGUUAGAAUGUACCUGCUUUCAUAUUGUGGGGAUGGUUCAUGCCAUAUCAGUUUAUAUUGGAGAAAUGAUAAAACACCCAAAUAAAGGCAGGAUUUUCUGCUGAUCCUUAGCAUCUCUCUGGCUGGUUCCACACACCUUCCUUCCCUGUACCGAUGUCCCUCUAUGGUCAGAGAGUCUUGCAAUGAUCAGAGUAGAGAAUUUCAUCCAGAAAUACUUCAGGUCUGGUUUUAAGAUCUUCUUAUCUUUUCCAUGUCCCGUUUUAUCUUUAUCAUCCAGGUAAUAGAAUAACUCUUUGGGGUUUUUGUAAAGUGAAAUGUUUUGUAGAAUGAAAAUAGUUUUCCUGUUUUUUUUUCUAAGCAUCAGAAUUUUAGGAUUUGAUUUAUUUUUUUUCCUCAUUCUCUGACAUAAGAAUGAAAGCCUGUUCAGUUUAAGAAGAAACUCAGAAAAAAGAAAAGAGAAAACCUCUUUUGUAAUAAAAUACGACUGUCACUUUUU